AUGGUUUCUAGCAACAUUGUGUUUCCUAUUGCUUCGUACUGGGUAUGCUCAAUAGGAUUGGUAUUUAUAAAUAAACAUCUGCUGUCUGGGAUAGGUGCCGAGCUGGAUAUUCCCUUGUUUAUAACAUGUUGCCAGUGCCUAGUGACGAUUGGAAUAUGUUUGGUCCUUCGCUGGGGAUCCUUCAAAACCAAAUAUUUGAAGACGUUUUCAAAGCUGGACAUAAAUUUCGAAACAUGCAUAGAUGUUUUACCACUUUCAAUUGUUUUUGUGGCAAUGAUCUCAUUCAAUAACUUGUGUCUUCGAAAUGUUGGUGUAGCAUUUUACUACGUUGGAAGAUCAAUUACAACCGUCUUUACUGUGAUAUUGACGUAUGUAUUUUUUGGAGAUAACUCAACAAAAGGCGUGAAUGUCUCUUGUUUGGUUAUAUUAAUUGGUUUUGGGAUAGGAUCGGAUCAAGAGUCUCAAGAUCCAUUAACUACAAGUGGGGUUCUUUACGGAAUGUUCGCUUCUUUGGCAGUUGCUUUGAACGCUUUAUACACAAAAUCAAUUCUGCCAAAAGUUGGUAACUGUAUCUGGCAAUUGACAUGGUACAAUAAUAUUCUAGCAGUGCUACUUUUCCUUCCUCUAAUUAUCAUUAAUGGAGAUUUUGGCAAAAUUUGGAAUCAUUUCCCAACUUGGUCAUUUUGGCAAUUGCUAUUUAUAUCAGGAAUAUUUGGGUUUGUAAUGAAUUAUGUUACAGGAUGGCAAAUUAAAGCAACAUCUCCUCUUACACAUAACAUCUCGGCAACCGCAAAAUCUGCAUCCCAGACCGUCAUAGCAGUGUUUCUUUAUAGUGAAGUGAAGUCAUAUUUAUGGUGGUUCAGUAAUUUAAUCAUUCUUCUGGGUUCAAUGCUGUACACCAUAGCUAAAAAGAGCGAAGUGUAUUCAAAGCUACGACAGCUGAAAUCAAAUUAA